AUGUUUCAAUUGCAUAGAUCAUAUUUAUUAUCUACAUUUCAAUAUUGUUAUAUAAUUGGAUUUAUUCGUUUACUAUUACUAUUGUUGUUUGAAACAACACCAAUUAUAUUGAUCAAUGGACAAUCGAUAAACAGUUUAUCAAAUUCACCUUCGGAUUCUCUUCAACCACGUAGUCCAAUUCGUAAGGGUUAUUUAAUACGUCUUGGACAAAGUUUGAAUCUAACCUGUCCCGGUGAUGCUGUCUUCUAUCAAUGGAAUACUGUUGAUCAACCAUCACAAAUAUUAUCAGAAGAUCAAUUUUAUAUUAUAAAAUCGGCUACAUUGAAAGAUUCUAAUCGUUAUUUAUGUCAUGCUGUACAUGGUUAUGGUCGAAGUUCGGUUGAAAUGUCCGUCCGUGUUAUAGACUUCUCCUCAGUUACUGCACAACAUGAAUGCGCUUUAGAUAGUAAAACUGGAAGUGUCAACAUAAAUGGACCGUGUUUUUUGACAAGUUUAACGGAACGUGAAUUGACUCCAACCAAAUCAUGGGGUGAUCAUAUCAUAUUCGACUGUGAUGCUGUUAUGGGUGGAACUGACGGUUCACUGGAUAAUUUACUAUAUACUUGGGAGUUUAUUAGCAACAAUAUCCACAAUAACAAUAAUAAUCUACGAUCUCCUGAUCAAGGGAGUGACAGUGGAUCAGAUACUUCAAAUAUGCUUCACAGACAACGUCUUUUAGUUAGAACACUAUCUGUUGCCUCAGCCACAGUUGUUUCUAGUAGCAACAGUGGCACCGGUAAUAAUGAUAAUAGCAAUAACAAGAACCAAAAAUUGGAUCUUAGUCAAUUUCAUGAUUCACAACUGCGUAUUGAUAAACUGACAUUGGAUCAUAACGGAGAAUAUCGGUGUAUUGUGAGAACAAUGACAAGUAACAGUCAAUUGCCUUCUCCAAUGUCUAUGACAAGAAAUUUCCGUUUAACUGUAAAGUCAAGAGUUGAUGGACCGAUUAUUCAAGGACCUCGUGUUACAAAUGAAACAGUUGAAGCUGGUCAAGACGCCAUUUUUCAUUGUCAAGUGAAUCCUGAAGAACAUCGGUCAAGUACUAUUCGAUGGGGUAAGAGCAUCGAUAUCAGUGAACGUUUAGCCUAUGAAGCUGAAGGUAGAGAGGUAAUUCAAUGGGCGGGUGGAACAUUUGUUGUCCUACCCAGUAUACCAUCAUCUUCAUUGACAUUGGAUAAAAGUUUGAAUUCACUAUCAGAUACACAAUCUUCAUCUAGACUGUCAUCAGCAUCUUCUUCGUUGAAUUUACUGUCAUCUGGUGCUGUAGCCACUGAAGUUUCAUCAACUCAAUCAGAUUCAGGAAGAUAUGUAUGCUCUGUGUUGACAGAAGCUGGACGUGAUGAUCAUAAAUUUGUUCAAAUAUCUGUAAUUGGUGGUUCUUCAAUUCAAGGUCAUAAAUUGACAGGAAAUAGUGGAACUCAUAGAUUAACUCUGUACAUUGCUAUACCAACGACUAUAUUUUUCAUCUGUUUGUGUGUUGUUACUUAUUGUUUAAUCAGUCGACGUACAGCUCAUAAUCGACGGAUAUCCAGUGUUCGACAUCAACGGAAUUAUUUCAGUGCAGUUCAACAGUCACAAAUUAAGUCAUCUUCUGCUGCCAGUAGCAGUUCAAUUGGUGUAUGUCGUAAUGGAAUUAAUGGUCAUGGAGGAAAUGUUGCAGGUGAUAAUCGUUUGAGACCAUCACCAGCUGGUACAGCUUUAGGUGCAACUUCAAUGGGUUAUUCGCCUGUGAAUGGAGGUUCAAAUCCAAUGAAUGGUGGUAAUUGUCCAGUUGGUUCACAGUUAUCAACUCCAAAUUUUCAAGUUAACCUACACGGUGCUUUACCAAUAGUACCAGGUGGUUAUCCAGUCCUUAUUCAAUCUAUGGGAGGAUCACAACCUGUAUCACCUUUCUAUUCUGUUCCAGAGGCGCCUGGUUCACUACCAGUCUACGGUCAGAAUGUAUCAUCGGUUACAACUGGUAUUAAUACAGGGAAUAAUAACAAUAUAGGAUGUUAUCCAAAUGGUUUAAUCUAUCCAAUAUCAAAUGGUCAUGUUGUAAAUCAGAAUUCAUCAAAUCUGGUGCCAAAUUCAGUUUUCAAUUCAUCACCAGAAUCUUCAGCUGCUGGAAUUAACAACAGCCCUGGUAGUAAUGGUAAUAUUGAACCGGUUGAAGGUAGAUUAAUGUUUCGACCUCAACCACAAUUAAUUGGAAACUAUAAUACAAAUAAUAACAAUAACAAUAGUAAUACAAACAAUACGCUUAGAAGUUAUGGUUAUAUGCCUUCUGGCCAAUCACAUAUAUCUUCAUCUGGGAUAAAUACAUCAGACUAUGAAAUGACUGUCACUAAUGCGCCAUCAUCAUCAUUAUUGUCUUAUCCAAAUCAUGGUAAUGCAUAAUGAUGAUUUCUCUCUCUCUCU